GUGCAUAUUGAUGAUGUGCUUCUUGCCGCGGCUGACAACAAGUGCUGCUGAAGAGGAAGAUGGAGCAGCUUUGUCUUCUACUCCGUGCUUUGAUUUAGGAAUUUUUUCUUCAGUUUGUCUGCUUUCUUCUUUUAGAAGUAGUAUUCUUCCAUCCUCAUCCCUUGAUACUGUCACCUUGUCAUCUUCUUUGUCUUCUUCAUCAUGCUCCUGCUCUUCACCUCUAUCGGCACGUCCUCUUUCCACUUGUUGUUCUACCUCUUCCUCCAAAAGAAAGACUCCUGACCCACUACUCCUCGUGCUGUUUAACGUCUGAUUUGCGGGCUGAUAGGUUCCCGUAAGACCUGCAGGAGGAAGCUUAUAUUAGUGAAGAAAACAUGAUA